AUGGAAGAGUACAGCAAAUAUUAUCUUAAUCAAAUGAUGACACACCCAAAAGAUAGAGAACGAGAGUACUUUGACCAUCUUCAUCAGUUGAGUGUAAAACCAAGUGAAGAGAUUUUAAUUAAUUUCUAUCAUUUUCUUAAGAGAUAUUUAAAAGUCAUAUCACCUCUUAUUGUCUCAUCUUAUGUUAUAGAUUUUUUAAUUACUUUCUUAGUUGAUUAUCAGAAAUAUGUGUUAAAAAUAUUUAUGUUAUUUUCUUCUCAACGAAGUGCAUGUUCAAGAAUGUUAUAUCUUCGAUUACCAACAAUACUUUUACAAACACCUUCAACAAAAGCAGUCAAUUUAUUAAAUAAAUUAUUAUCGUCAUCUUCUUCUUUCGAAAUCUUUACUAAUCCUUCUUCAUCAAAAACAAAAUUUGUUAAUGACUUAAUGAUAUUAUGCCCAUCUUAUCUUUAUCCUCAACCAAUGUCUUCAGACAAAAUACUUCAAUCAAGUUAUCAUGCAUGGAGAUAUAUAGCACUUACUGGGAAUGCAUCUUUAAUUCCAGCUAUUGAUACAUUUCCUACUGAUACUGCUUUUGUAAAUGAACAAGUAUUAAUUAAACAAUUGUAUGAAGUUACCCAAACAGGAAAAACAGAACCAAUUGAUAAUGUUAUUCACGUAUUAUAUUCUCCUGAUGGGAUUAUUUUAUUAAGAGAUAGACAACUUAUUCAAACAAUAAGAUUUAUUUUUGACAAGUAUCCAACUCAUGAAAUAAUUACACAAAAAUGUGUUGAAGCUUUAGAACUUGCUGCAGUUGAUUAUCAUUGUUUAAUAUCAAUGUUUAAUGAAAAUUUCUUAACUAAAUUUGAACACUAUCUUCGAUUAUUCUCAAAUAGUGAAAUAAUUAUUUCAAAAAUACUUAAUAUUCUUUGUUAUAUGUGUAGUACCGAUGCAUUAGUUUCCUUUGUAAAUCAAUCAGAGUUAUUAUCUACUCUAUUUCCACAAAAUCGAGAGAAAAUAUUACAAUUUCCAUCUUCAUUAUUAAUUAGAAGGAAAUUAGUUCUUAUUGCCUUUCAAUGUCUUCAAUCUAAAGUAAUUAAACCAGAAUGUAUUGUUCCAAUUAUUGAUUUAACAGAUACAGAAUUAUAUGAUUUAACUAUUCCAUUAAGUUCAUUAUUGACAAUUAAUAAUUGCAAUGUUCUUCUUGAAAAAACAAAAGAAGUUAUAAAAAAUAUUUUAAUACAAGGAUCUGAGAGUACAGUAUUAAUAGAAAGUUCAUUAUAUUUUUUAGUCAAAACACAAAUUGAUAGCUCAUUUAUUCCAAAAGAAAAGUUAAUUAAAUAUCAAAGUUCAAUGGAUUUUAAUAUUCAUUCAUUAUCUAAUCAAAUUAUUAAUUCAAAGUAUAACAAUAAUAACAUCUUAUCAUUAUUAUCUAUUCCAAUUGCAAUUGACUCAUCAAAUAUUUUUCAAUUCUUAACAUUAUAUUCUUGUCUUUCAAAUAUUCUCAUUACUGGAAUUUCACCAUCUCAUCUUGAUGAAGUAUUUUCUUCUAUUAUUGAACAUUUCCCAAUGACUAUUUUUUCUUCAACUAAAAUCUCACUUUCAGAAAAGUAUAUUGCCGCAAGUAAUUUAAUUACUUUUAUUCUUAAUAUUCAAAAGAAUUAUUCUAUCUCUGAACAAGUAACAGAACUUUGUUUUAGUAUAUUACUUUUAUUAAUUAAAUCAAAUCCUAAUUUUAGGGAACUAUGGUUUGAACAUUCUGGACAUAUUUAUCUCUUAAAACAACUACCAAAAUAUUCCACAUUACAAUUACUUCAUGAAAUAUUAAAAUCAAAAGAAAUUUGUUUUGAAUUAGUUAAUCCAAGUAAUAAUAAUGACCAAUUAUUAGAAGACCGUUUUCUUGAUUAUUUAAAUGACUCUACAAUAGAUAUAGCUUCCUUAGUUAAGUGUAUAGAAAAUAUUAUGAACGAAAUUUCUCAUUCUAAGUUAAAUGAAUUAGCUUCUUCAAUAGUAAAAAGAACAGAAGAGUUGAUUGUUUCUGGGAAUAAUGAUAUUUCAAUAUAUAUGUCCAUCUUUCAAUUUAUUAAGAAGGCAGUUGAUUGUUCUUCUUUAGUUUGUGAAAGGGGUUUUAUAAAUACAAUAAUUCAAAUGCUCUUUUCAUGUAAAAGUACUAAAUUAAAAAAAGUAUUAAUUGAUGUUUGUGCAUCAAUUUAUAAUACUGUUCCAACACUGAUAAGAAGUUUAUUAAAUAAAAAUAAAUUAUUAGAAUUAAUUACAGAAAAUGAUGCUGAUCAAGAGUUUUAUUGUGCUGCCACACGGUGUAUUGCUAUUAUGUCAAAAUCUGAAAGAGUUGUAAAAUCAAAAAUUGAAAUUACAAGUGAAGUGAAUAAAGUAAUUAUUCAAGAAAGUAAUAGCCAAGUAUCAUUUACUGAUUUAAUUAAUCCAACAAUAUUAAUGGUUCCUGUUGGUAAUAUCAAUGAUUUUGUUUUUGUUAAAGCUGUAGAAAAUAUUCAAGGUUAUGAAAGAGAAUUUAAAAAGAAAUUUGACCUUCCUGAUAUGUUACCUUCAUAUAAAUUUAUAAAGACGACAUGGGACUUAUUUGUUAAAGAUAUAAAUAAAGUUGUCUAUGCUCAAAUGAUUUAUGGAGUUAUUGAUUGUUCAACGUUAAGUGAUAAAGAUGUUAUUAAUUCAAUUACUAUGUUUCAUGAAUGUGUAACAUUAAACUGGGAAGAAAGUAUUGGACAUUUAGCAUUAUUAUUAAAUUUACCACAAUCAUCACAAUUAUUUAAAACAGAACUAAAGAGUGAAAUUAAGUCAUUACUAUUUGUUGUAGAUACUUUAAAUCCAACUUCAAUUAAUUCAAUUCUUGUUCACACGGAAAGUACAAUAAACACAUGGUGUGAUAAUAAUAAACCACUUCGUCCUCAUUUUAAUCCAAUCUUUUCUAAAAAGAUUCCACCUCUUUUAUAUCUUUCAUGUGCACAAGCUAAUUUAUAUAAAAAGAAUUGGGAUAAUGCCUAUCAAAUGUUUCUUGAUUCAAUAAAAGCAUAUAAAGUACAAUCAUUGUAUAAUGGUAAAUUUUUUACUAAAAGUGUUAUAGGAUUUGUUGCAUCAAUUAUGUUAGAUCCUAUUAAAAGAAAUCUUCAACAAUAUACUAAAGAAUAUGAAGAGGCUAUUAAAGAAGCAAUUAAAUUUAUAGAUAGUUUAGAUUUGGGUCAUUAUUAUUGUAAAGAAUUAUUAUUCUAUCAAGCUCAAUAUUAUCUUAAACAAAAAGUAUAUCAAAAAGCACAACAAAUUAUUGAAGAAAUUGAUUCUAAACACCAUGAAAAAAUUAGUAAAACAGAAGAUAUUAUUUCUGCUUUAAUGUUUGACUCAUUAUUAAAACAACUUAAAAUGAAUCAUCACAGGCAAUAUAUUCUAUAUUCAAUUACAGCUUAUAAAAGCCAAAUCAAAUCAUUUGAUAUUUAUUGUGUUGAUGAAUUAGCAGAAUUACUUGGAGUUAAUGAUUUAGAAAAAUUAGAUUUAGAAUAUGAAAAACAAAUACAACGCCCACAUCUUAUUAUGGAAAAUAAAGUACAAUGGUCAACAUUAAGAGCUUACGUCAUUAUGAAAAAAGUUAUGUUAAGAGAUAUUUAUGAUGAGACUAUGGCUAAAUUAUUAUUAAGAUUAUUAGCAUAUUUCCACGAACAUGUAAGUGAGACUGAUCAAAUAGAAAGUAUUAAUAGGUUGGAUUUAAUUUGUAAAGCUAUUGGAGGUCCUGUUUAUAUUUCUUCAAACCUUCCAUCAAUUCCUGUUAUUGAAAGUAUUAGUUUAAGUACUAUUAAAGAUAAUGAAAAAAUAAGAAGUAGAAAAGUUGAGAAAUCAAUAUUCAUUUAUGACCCAUCAAUGCCAAAGAAAAUUCCUAUUGUUUGGAGUUCAAAUGAGACUUCAUUUAUUACAAUUAAAAUGAGUAAUCCUUUAUAUCCAAUGUUAAAUGUUGAUAAUAUAACACCAUGGUGUGAAGGAGUUGAAAUAGAAACACAUUUUAAAUGUGUAGAUAUUAUGUCUACUUCCUCUAUUACAUUUGAAUAUGCAAUUACACCUAAAGCUUCAGGAUUAUUAAAAAUUUAUGGUUUAGAAUUCGAUUGUUGUUCAUUACAUUUUAAAUCAGUUCCAAUAGGAUUUAGAUGUAAAAAAGAAUUAACUCCAUGUUGUAUUGUUCCUGUUGUACAUAAUGUGCCACGAUUAAAAAGUGCUCCAGGAACAUUUUUAUCAAAAGCAAUUUCAUUAUUCCCUGGUCAAACUAAUGAAAGUAAAUUAGAAUUAAUUAAUGAUGGAGAUUUAGCAGUAAAUUGGAUUAAUUUUAAAGUUAAAGACGAUGACUCAACUCAUCUAACUGAGGUUACUGUUUCUAAACCAUUACAAGAUAUUCUCCCUAUCUUACCAAACCAACGUGUUGAAAUUCCUUUAGCUAUUUCUGCACGUGGAGAAUUAUCAAAUAUUAAUAUUGAAAUAAAUUAUGCUUCUUCUUCAACUGCUCGAUUUGGAAGAACAUUUUCUAUUCCAAUUAAUGUUAUUGUUAGUGUUGGUUUACUUAUUGAUAAAUGGGAAAUUAUUCCAAUAGAGGAAAUGUUAUUAGUAUCUUGUGUUGUAUAUAACCCAUCUGCUUUUUCUUUUACUGUUAAAAUGAUGCCAAAUCCUCAAUGGAAUGUUGAUGAUUUCUUUGUUCAAGAACGUCGUGAAACCUUUUCUGAAUCACAGAGUAGAAGAAGGUUAUUAGUUGCUGUAAAAAAACCAUCUUAUACUUUAACACCUAAAAAUGCUGCUAAAUGGAUAAAUGAAGUUAUCUCUAUUAGAUGGAUUUCUUCUUCAGGAUGUGAUGGAACAAUAUCUAUUGCAGAAUCAGAAACUGUGGCUGUUAAUACUUCAAAUUAA